AUGGCACUUGAAGCAGCCCUGGCAGGACUCCAGGCAGAAGCCAACUGCCCCAUCUGUCUGGAUUACCUGAGAGACCCUGUCACCAUCGAAUGUGGCCACAACUUCUGUCGCUGCUGCAUCCAGAAGUCCUGGGAAGAUCGACAGGACAGCUUCCCUUGCCCUGUAUGCCGCCACCCAUGCCAAGAGCUGCAGCUCAGGAGCAACACCCAGCUGGGAAAUAUGGCCGACAUUGCCAAGCUACUCUACAUCACCAGGAGCAAGAGGCACAGGGGGGAACAAACACGCUUGUGUGAGAAGCACAAUGAAGUCCUGACCCUUUUCUGUGAGGAGGACCUGGAAGUCUUGUGUGUUCUGUGCACUCAGCCCCCUGACCACCAGGAUCACUACGUGAGAUCCAUAGAGGAAGCUGCCUCUCAUCACAGGAAAAGCCUCACAAGUUACAUCCAGUCCCUGAAGAAGGAUGUGGCAGAUCUUCAAGUACUACUAACCACUCAAGAGAGAGAACCAUUAGAACUGAGAGAGAAGGUGGAAAAUCAGAGGCAAAAGUUAUUCUCUGAAUUUGAGCACCUGAACCAGAUUUUAGACCAUGAGCAUGAGGCAGCUCUCUCCAGGUUAGCUGACGAACAGAAACACGUUCAACAGAAACUAAAUGCAAACAUGACAGCAUUUUCAAACUACAUUUCUACACUCAGAAGUCUACAAAAAGAGGUAGCAGAAAAGAGUGUGAUGUCAGAAGUCAAGUUGCUGACAGAUAUCAAGAGUAUCCAUGACAAGUAUGAAAGUCUCAAGACCCCAGCUCUAUAUUCUUUCAAGUUAAGGAAGGAAGGAUUCAGUCUUCCUCCACAGUACUCGGUUCUGCAGAAAAUUAUACAUAAAUUUAAAACAGAUGUGACUCUGGACCCUGAAACGGCACAUCCUAAUUUGCUUACAGCUGAGGAUAAAAAGUCUGUAACAUUUGUGACGAAAAGGGAAAGACUUUAUCCUAAUCUAAAGAGAUUUAUCUUUUCCCCAGUUGUCCUGGGUUCUGAAGCUUUCAAUUCUGGCAGACAUUACUGGGAAGUCAAAGUGGAUGACAAGCCUGAAUGGAUGGUGGGAGUGUGUAUAGACUCUCUUUCCAGGAAAGGAAAGCAUCUUCCAACAGGGCAGAACAGAUGCUGGGCAAUUCAGCUUCUCAAUGGUGACUAUGUUGCACAAAGUGCUGUUCCAGUCACUCUUGUGUUAAAGGAAAAACCCAGAGGGAUUGGUAUUUAUCUAGACUAUGAGUUGGGUGAGAUUUCAUUUUACAAUUUGAAUGGCAGGUCUCAUAUCCAUUCUUUC